UUUGACAAAACUACACUGUAUCGCUGACACAUUCCCAACUUUUACCUGAAACUCCUUGGGUAAAGGACAAAGUGCUGUCUUUUUUUAAACUGAAAUCGUUAAACUGGAAUAUUACAAGUAUAUAGAAGUUGGCGUCGACAUGGCGUGAAGCGGAGAUUUAUCGCAUACAGUAUUUCUAUUAGAGUCCAGGCAGUAUGGCAGAAGGCGAGGAGACUAUGAGUCAGGAGGACUGGAAGGACAAGUGUAUGGUCCUCGAAGCUCUACUUAUGAAGUUCAGGGUUCAGAUCAUCAAAAUUAGAGAGCUCACUGCUGACAAGAUUCAACAACUGGAGGCGCAGGUGAUUGAUUCAGAAAAACGAGCUUUUACGGCUCAGCAGCAGUUGCAGUGGAUGGAGGAGAAGCUGAAGGCUCCAGAUGGUCAGUCCGAAACCUCAGAGAAGCUUUUAUUUCAGCGCUGUCAAGAGCUACAGGCAUUAGUGCAGGAGAAGGAAGGCGUCAUCGCCCAGCUUGAGCAGCAGCUGGAAGAACAGAAACAGUCAAGGCUGCAAGAUGCCAAGACAGUGGAGGAGAAAGCGGCUAAGAUCAAGGAAUGGGUGAUGCUCAAGUUGUCAGAGUUUGAGGUGGAGAACGCUGCACUAAGAGAAACCAACAAGCAACAAGAAGCUCAGAUUAUGGAGCUAGAAAAGAAAAUAGAAGAAUUUGAGCAGAAGUACUCUGGUGGACGAGCUGUUUUGUGCAGGCCAGGUGAAGCCCAGCGUGUCAGCAGUCUGACAUUUGGCUGCUUCCAGGUUAGAGGGAAAAGCCCACAGGUCUUAACAGGACCUUUACCUUCCCAGAGGAGCCUUAGCACCCAGGGAGAGACCGAAGGAAGGAUCAACAUUGAAAAGGGAAGUAAGCAGACGACCUCCUCAUCCUCUGGUGCUGAAACCCAGAGAUCAAAUCAAAACAGACUCCUGGAUACCCCAGAAGAGAAUCAGCCCAGUAAUACAUUAGAUUUUGCAGCAAGUAGGUCUGAGUCUCGUAGCGUUUCCUCAGUGCUCUCCAGUGCUGAAGAAGGAGGAAGAUGUGAGGUCAGAGAAGAAGGCGGGGCCACUGUACUGGAGUUAAGUCGCGUUGGGAGCGAGGCCUCAGACGACAGCAGCUCUCUGUUUGAUGACGACAUGCAGCGAGUGGAGCGAACCAGCUUCAGUCUGCUGGGCCCCUCAGAGGGGGGUAAAAUGAGGGAGGACUGCACCUCUGAGGAACUCAACGAACGAUUUCAGUCACAGACCCUUGACUCCUCAUCCUCAUCCAGUGAACCUAAGACCCCCAGCCCCAUCGUCACACCAGCUCUCACUCCUAAACGACCCAACCCACCCCAGGACUUUAGAGACAACCCAGCCUCACCCAAGCAACCGCGACUGCGGACCCCAACGGGUUUGGGUUUGAUGCAUGUAGCCAUGGCCAAAAAGCACCUGAGCCAACCGCCAGUCAGCACAGAGGCAGCACACGGACAAACACGUAACGCCCUCAGCAUGCUGCGCUCCCCCCGGCCACAGGAAACGGACCUUGACCAAGGGGAGGAGCUCAGCAUGGAAACGGGCAAGGAUCCGCCCCCGCAGAUCCGCCCCAGCUCUCGUGCCAAACCCACAAUGCUUUCCAUACAGGCCACACCCGUCCCUUCUGAUGGUUGUCUAGAAAUAACCCCAGACAGUCACAGUUCACCUCCUACACCCCCUUUACACAGGCUCCCCUCCUGGGAGAGUCGCAUCUAUGCAGUGGCUAAAUCAGGAAUCAGGCUCUCUGAGACAUCCUGCGCAGACUCGGCUAGCAAAGACCCCUCGUUGCAAUCCUCCUAUCCUGCCUUUGUAAUAUACACAUCCCUCGUUUAUAAAAACAUGACCACACCAGUAUACACUACUCUGAAGGGGAAAGCCACCCUGCUGAGCAGCAGUCCGUUCUCAGAUGAGUCAUCCAGCUCAGAUGAGUCGUCCAGUUCGGGAGAAGAGGACGGUUCCUUGUGCAGCUCCCACAACUCCUCCAGCUCCCACAAGGACAGUAUCCCAGGCAGUCCACGCUCUCUAAAAAGAGCGGUGUCCAUGUCUUCAAUGACAUCAGAGAGCGACUAUGCCAUCCCACCUGAUGCCUAUUCCACCGAUACCGAGUGCUCUGAACCAGAACAGAAACUUCCCAAAACUUGCUGCUCUGCUCGAGACAACAGCAAGACUGAAUCAAUGGAGAAAUCAGGCUAUCUGCUGAAAAUGGUGAAGACCUGGAAGAAAACCUGGAAGAGGCGCUGGUUUGUCUUGAAAGAUGGAGAGCUGCUCUACUAUAAAUCCCCAAGCGAUGUGAUCAGGAAACCUCAAGGUCAGAUUGAGGUCAACGCCACCAGCAACAUUGCACGUGGAGAGGGAAAACAAGUCCUCCAGAUAGUGACGGGGAAGCGGGUGUACUACCUCAAAGCAGACUCACCUAACCUACUGGAGGAGUGGCUUAGAGUGCUGCAGAGUGUACUGAGAGUCAAAGCUGCAAGUCCACUCUUCACUCAGCCGGAUAUGCGGCCUGGCAUGAAGGGACAGCUUAUCAAGGUAAAACACGGCUACUCUAAGCGGGUUUGGUGCGCUCUGAUUGGCAAAACCCUGUACUACUUUCGCAGCCAAGAGGACAAGUUCCCCCUUGGUCAGAUUAAGCUUUGGGAUGCCCGGGUUGAGGAGGUGGACAGGUCUCAGGACUCAGACGAUGACCUGAAAGCGUGUGUGGGCAGCUUACAGGAAGUGUCCUUUACCAUCGCCAUCCACCCACAGGAUCAAGAACCAACUUACCUGCUCAUUGAGUCCCACCAUGAGAAGGCCUCGUGGUUGUACCAUCUGUGUGUCGCAGCAGCAACCAUGAUGGGGAAAGUCGGCACUGAGUUUGAACAAUUGGUGGGGAAGCUUUUUCAACUGGAUGGAGAUCCAAACUCAAUGACGUGGAGACACCCAACGCUGUCUUUCAGCAAGGAGGCUUUGUCGUCUCCUCUCACCACGUUGCCUUCACAGGCCCUGCAAACAGAGGCUGUCAAACUCUUUAAGACUUGUCAGCUGUUCAUCAACGUGGCUAUCGAUGCCCCAGCCAUCGACUAUCACGUGUCUCUGGCUCAGAGCGCCCUGCAGGUGUGUCUGACCCACCCUGAGCUUCAAAAUGAGUUCUUCUGCCAGCUCAUAAAGCAGACCCGAAAGAGACAGCCGCCCGGCCAGCCAGGACCCCUGCAGGGAUGGCAGUUUUUAGCCUUGUGUGUUGGACUAUUUCUGCCUCAGCAUCCAUUCCUCUGGCUGCUCCAAGUUCAUCUUAAAAGUCAUGGAGAGUCCAGGACUGAGGUGGGUAAAUAUGCCAUCUACUGCCAACGUUCAAUGGAGCGCACCCAGCAGAAAGGCGAGAGGCAGGCCAGACCGUCCCGUAUGGAGAUCCUGUCGAUACUUCUCAGAAAUCCCUACCACCACUCCCUGCCCUUUAGUGUGCCUGUCCACUUCCUCAAUAACACCUAUCAGGUGGUGAGCUUUGAUGCAUCGACCACCGUAGAUGAGUUCCAGUGUCGUCUCAACCAGGACACCGGCAUGAGGAAAACAGGGCUGUCUGGUUUCAGCUUGUACACCGAUGACCCAACCGGACGAGAGCUAGAACACUGCCUCCAUCAGGGAAGCAUCAAGGUUUGUGAUAUUAUCUCCAAAUGGGAGCAAGCAUCUAAAGAGCAGCACUCUGGCAAGUCAGAAAAUACCAGAACAGUCCGCCUCACCUACAAGAACAGGUUGUACUUCUCUAGCCAGGUGAGGGGAGAGUCCGAGAGGGAAAGGUUGUUGCUGGCCUAUCAGACCAACGAGGCCAUCGUAGCGGGACACUUCCCUGUCAACAAGGAACUGGCUCUGGAAAUGGCUGCGUUACUAGCCCAGGUUGAGUUUGGGGAUUUUGAACGCCCCUUUUUGACUCCCGGACCAAUUCAAACUAAAUCCAACCAGACCUUGAAACAGGUUCUGGACAGGUUCUACCCCAAACACUACCGCCGGAUCACAUCUGAGGACCAUCUUAGACAAUUACUCCAGCGUCUCUCUGCUCGCUGGGCCUCGCUCAGGGGUAGGAGUUCCUCUGAGUGUGUCAGGAUUUACCUGACUGUUGCUAAGAAGUGGCCUUUCUUUGGUGCCAAACUAUUUGAAGCAGAGUCCAUCACUGCCUCUCCAGAGGCAGCAGCACAUGUUUGGCUGGCAGUUAACGAAGAUGGCAUCAGCAUUCUGGAGCACAACUCAAUUAAACUACUGGUGACGCACCCCUACAAAAGUGUGAUGACAUUUGGGGGCUGCAAACAGGACUUCAUGCUGGUGGUGGAACAGAACAACAGCAACAACACGGCCAAAGACAAAACCUCAGAGAAGCAUACCUUUGGUAUGGACGUCUCCAAGAUCAGAGAGAUCACCCUCCUCAUCUCGAGCUACAUCAACAGCGCUCACCAGCAGAAGGCCGCUGCACAUCACCUCUCUGCCCCCGCUCUGAUGGCGGCCCAGCCUGUCAGCCUGAAGUGCAAAGAGCUGAGAAGCAAGUCUCCGCCAGCACUGGGACGUCCCAGCAAAACCCCCACCUUGUUGUGACGACGGCUGAUCUCGGUUUGUAGAACAGGUCGCAACUCUGCCCUCACUGCAGGGGGCACUCGAGCAUGUCUCGUGCACAACGUCUUGGGCCUUGAUGUCCUUACAUUUUAACCGCUUGAAAGAGAUUGAUGGGUUUUAUAGGUACAAAGGUGAAACCGGCUGCGGAGCGUUUUUGUCUUCCUUAUGAGUGUUGCAGUUGAGUGUGUGGGCGGAACAGAGAAGUCAACACUACACCGUUUACUGAUUGACCGAGCUAAUGUUCUAAAUUUCAUUCAUCUCUGCUGUCUGGUGCAUUGUGGGUACAGAUGCUGUUUGGGAAAAACUGUUGCGGUCCCGAGUAGCUACGGAACAGAGGAUGUUUUAAACUAAAAUUACAUGAGGGCUAUUUUUCAUGUUUUGCAUCUGUUUUGUAGAGCACAGUGCUUAGACCAGUGUAUACUAUUCUGUAGUGAAGGUUAUUAUAGUUAUUUUUAUUGAUCCCAAACGAAAUAGUGCAGCAGGCAUACAAUGCAAAAGCUUUAUCAAAAAUGUUGUCUUUAUAGAGACAAUAGUACACAUGGUUGAGAAUGAAAGUAUUCAUGUAACAAUAAGGUUAUUAUUGUGCUUGUCGCCUGCAAUGUUGUAGAACGACCGCAUCAUAUUGAGAUGUGUUUAUUACGGUGGCCGACAGGGGCCAAGGUGCAGCGUGUAGAUCAGGGGUGUCCAAAGUGCGGCCCGGGAGCCAUUUGCAGCCCAGUAAAAAUAAUGACAGAAAAAAAGACAUAAUCUAAGGAAAAAAGGUUGGAAUUUACUAGAUUAAUGUAAAAUGAUGAGGAAAAAUAACGUCCUUUUAGCAGCAUAAAGUUGAAAUAUCAAAGAAAGACGUUAUUGUUUUAAGUCGUAAUAUUAUGAGAAACAAAAAAACGAAUGAAGUUGUCGUUUUUGGAAAAUUAGGUUGCAGAAGAAGUUCAAAUGUUACGAGAAUAAAGUCAAAAUAUUAUUGGAAAAAAGUCAGAAUCACGAGAAAGAAAUUUACAAUUACAAAGUUUAAAUAUAGUUGGUGGAAAAAUGACGGCAGAAAUUAAAAAAAAGUCAAAAUUAAAAUAAAGAAUUAAAAUAAAUAUUAAAAUAAAAAUUAAAAUAAAAAAAUUAAAAUAAAUAAAAUUAAAAUAAAGUCAAAAUGGUAACAGAAAAAAAAGUCCCAAUUUUAUGAGAAUAAACUUGGAAUAUUAUGAAGAAAAAUAAUGUCAUUUUAGUGGCAUAGAGUUGAAAUAUUAAAGAAAAAAUAAGUUAUUUUUUUGAAGAUGUAAUAAUAGCAUGAGAAAAACAAAACUACAAUUUUUGAAAAUGGGGUUGAGGAAAAGUUCUAAUAUAAUGGGAAUAAAGCCAGAAUAGUACGAGAAGAACAUUUAGGAAGAUUAUUUAAGAAAAGUGAUAUAUUUGGAAAGUUUUUAAGAAAAAAAAAUGCAAAAAUGGAGUGGGGAGAACAAACAGUGAAGUUCAUACAACACAAUACACUUGUUCACCAAUAUUUCAAAGCUGAGGUGCAGUUUUUUUCUUGAUAUGUAUAUAUAUAUAUAUAUAUAUACACACUACCGGUCAAAAGUUUUAGAACACCCCAAUUAACAAAAAUGUCUAUUUCAGAAUUAUACAAAAAGGCCUGUUUCAGGGACAACAAUUUAAAGCUGCUCUGCAGAAAUGGAGCUUGAUCAAGCCUUGGCAGCUGACAGCCUUGGCAACUAAUUCCUGUGUUCCAAGUUCAGGAGUACUUACGACCUCCUCUGUCUGCAUAAAAACAGUGUUCGAAACACACCGUGGUACUAUACCCUCGUGAACAUCAGUUGGACAGCAUUGUACUGGAGAAAGUCAUUUGUUGCGACAAAAACGGCAAGAAAAAAAGGGAUUUAACAAUGCAAGAGAGACAGACCAUCUUAACACUUAAAAAUGUUAAAUUCCUCCAGAGAAAUUGGAGUGGUCUAAAACUUUUGACCGGUAAUGUAUUUCAGUGACCUUUACACCCUUUCAUUUUUGAGUAUGUGGUGGGAAAAGUUUGGACACCCCUGGUGUAGAUUGUCAGUCAUCCAGGUCAUUGGAGUCCACAAACGUUGAAUGGAGGCAACUGGACUCAACAAACUUGUUGUUUGUUGAAGACAUUUUACCUUUCAUCCAAAAGGCUUUUUCUGUCAUAUAUUUUUAAGUGUGGAGUUUCCCUAUUUAUGUCUCCUUUGGGUGGUUACAAUAGGGUUGUUGUUGUGGUUGUUGCCUGGCGUAACAGCAGGUUGUCCACCUGCCUGGUGGCAAAACAAGUUCCGAUUGGCUACUAUUGGAAUGAGACAAUCUUUGGGGGAGAUACUGUAUGUUAAGCAGAUGAUAUAUGAUGGCACAAACCUCCUCUGUUUAGGGAGGGCCUUUCUGUGUUGAUUUAAAUGGCUUCUUUCACACAUCAGCAGUCUGAAUUUGGACAUCAUUGUCCUCCAAGGAAUGUCCCUUCUUUUUGAGAUGCAAAUGAACUGCUGACUCUGGGAACGAAGAAAGUGAUCGCCUAUGUUGUGCCAUGUGUUUGUAUAAGGGUUGCUCGGUCUCUCCAAUGUAGGAGUUGUUGUACUCCUCGCUCACAUUGUUGGCUUUACUUUUUGGAUUUUAUUUUAUUUUAUUUUAUUUUAUUUUAUUUUAUUUUAUUUUAUUUUAUUUUAUUUUAUUUUAUGUUAUUUUAUUUUAUUUUAUUUUGUGAUUCUUAUAAUUAUUUUUAUUUCUUACCAGCCCCCAAAUCCCUUUAGUGCAGAUUAACCUAAAGUAGUGGAGGCUCAGUGCAGAGUGUCAGCAAGCAGUGCGGUAUGAAAACUGUAAAGUGUACAUUUGGUGACCUGAUUAUGUUGGAAAGCUCGCUUGUAAAAGAGGAAUUGACUCGGAUGGUAAUGUGCUUUGUAGUUACUGAGUAGCCAAGAGGGAAACUAACACCCUCCCUAAAGCAGCAGAGCGGCCACACUGUUGAAGUGAAAGAAGAGUGGAUGUGAAAGAGUGAAGAGGACAUGGUGGUACAAAGGUUAAAGAGACAUUGGACGUUCCAGACGGAGAAACUGGAAGACAAGUCAUUUCAUGUAAGGGCACUUGCUCGAUUCUUGUAUAUAAGAAGCACGUCAGGAUGCAUUGUAUUUAAAUCCUUUUUGGAGCAUUUGUUAGUGAAUAAACUACAAGUAAAACCAAUUACAUGCUUGUGUUACAUCUCAUGACUGCAUGAAAGCUUGCUUUUCAACACCGUUUCUCCCCAGUCGGUCCUCCCCACUAAGGUACCCUCGUCGCCUCAUUGGGGUGAUUGUGAAUGACGCCAUGAUGGUAUCAACACGUCAUUCCGACAGCAAGUGACACUCCCUCAUUCCAGCACACAAGGCGGGCGGGAUGACAUAUGAUACCUGGCCUGUCUAAACUAGUUUGUGACAUGCUUUUGUCCAGGUUGCUAUGGGGAUUAAAAAAAAAGAGGAGGGGCUGAGGGGGAGAAAAAAAUAGGUGAGGCAAAAGGGAAUUAAACUGUUACAGGGAAAUACAAAUAAUGAUGAUCCUCUCCUGUUUGCACAUUGUGUGACUAUUGUGCAAAUUAACCAGAGCAACAUUAAAAAUAAUCUACAAGGGCAAUUAAUUGCUGCAGGACUACGAGAGGUUUCCCCUCAAACGUAGUUUGUAAAAUACGCCUAGAAAACCUGUUGAAUUCAUUUAAGUUACACAAAUGUUUUGUUGGAUAAAUAUUGACCUGUUAUUGAUGUAGAUCAGGGGUGUCCAAACGUUUUCCACCGAGGGCCACAUAGUGAAAAAUGAUAGUUUCCAAAGCAACACAUGUACUGUAGAUAUGCUAAGGAAUUAUAUGAUUAUUUUAAGAACAAACUGCAUCUCAGCUUUGUGAUAUUGGUGGAAAAGCCUAUUAUUAGUAUCAACUUCACUCUUUUUUCCCUUAUUUUUGCUGUUUUUGCUGUGCUGUUUUUUAAUUUCUCG